AUGAUGCUCAGCCGCCUGCUGGAACUGGACCUGGAGGAGGCAGGGAGCAGCUUCGACCACUGGGAGAUGAAGAAGAAUAACGAGGUUUGCAAGGCUUGCGGCACCACGUUUUAUCCGGAUGCCAAGUAUUGUCACAAUUGCGGCAAGAAGCGGCCAACACUCGCCGAGCUGCAAGCGGCGAGAAGCGAGCAUCUGAGCUCUUUGAGCCGAGAGCGAGAACGUGAAAAGGUGCCUCUCGCUGCUUUCCUGGACGAGCACGGCAUCAAGCAGUCGGACCAUGAUUCCCUAGAACAUGUGCAAGACAUGCUGGAGAUGGCCCGGCAGAAGCUCGCGUGUGACGAUUUCACGGCUCUGAUAGAAGUGACGGACUGCGUGCUUCAGGACGACACCGGCAACCUUCCAAUUGAGCAGUACAAGAAGUUCUGCAAAGCCACGGGGGCCUCUGAAGGAAUGAUGGAGUCCUACAAGCACCCAAUGCACAACUUUGAGGUUGAGUCUGCAGAGCCCCCUCUGCUCGCCAAAAGUCGCAUGGGUUUUAUCGUCCUCUUCGAUGCGACCUCCGCCUCUUCCUUUGAGGCAGUGAAGGCAUAUUUGUCGGCCCAUCCUCUCAUCGCCGAGGGGGCCGAGAAGCCAGAAAAAAGUUUUCCGAUCCGGUUUGUUGCCAACAAGAUCGAUAUGCACGAGCAGGCAGAGGACAUCAAGGCAAACCUCGCUGCGGCGACGGAGCUCUGCUACGAGCUGGGGCAGGAGUCGGAGAAGCUGAUCCGACAGAUAUCCGUCACAGACUACACUGGCGUACGGGAGCUGUUUGCGGAUCUGCUUGAAGAGUGCAUCGAGGAGACAUCUAACUGGGCGACCAGCACCCUGACCACGCAGAUCGAAGCUCGCAAAAAGAAAUUGGAGGGCGGCGACAAGUGCGCAAUGAUGUGA